UGUCUAUUGUAUCCCUGGUCGUGUGUGUCUGUACAUUUCUCGGGACGUGAAAUUGAGAGUGAAAAGCAUGGCAGAUGAGCAAGAAAUCAUGUGCAAAUUGGAAAGCAUUAAAGAGAUCAGGAACAAGACCCUGCAGAUGGAGAAGAUCAAGGCACGCUUGAAAGCUGAGUUUGAGGCCCUUGAAUCAGAGGAGAGGCACCUGAAGGAAUACAAGCAGGAGAUGGAUCUGCUGCUACAGGAGAAGAUGGCCCAUGUGGAGGAACUCCGACUGAUCCAUGCUGAUAUCAAUGUGAUGGAAAACACCAUCAAACAAUCUGAGAAUGACUUAAAUAAGUUGCUAGAGUCUACCCGGCGGCUACAUGAUGAGUAUAAGCCACUGAAGGAACAUGUGGAUGCCCUACGUAUGACUCUAGGCCUGCAGAGGCUCCCUGACCUAUGUGAAGAGGAGGAGAAGCUCUCCUUGGAUUACUUUGAGAAGCAGAAAGCAGAGUGGCAGACGGAGCCUCAGGAGCCCCCCAUCCCUGAGUCUCUGGCCGCUGCAGCUGCUGCUGCCCAGCAACUCCAAGUGGCUAGAAAGCAGGACACUCGGCAGACAGCCACCUUUAGGCAGCAGCCCCCACCUAUGAAGGCCUGCUUGUCAUGUCAUCAGCAAAUUCAUCGGAAUGCACCUAUAUGUCCUCUGUGCAAAGCCAAGAGUCGGUCCCGGAACCCCAAAAAGCCAAAACGGAAGCAGGAUGAAUGAAGAGAUGGAGAACACAUGGAGCUCUGCUACUCAUAACCUCUCCCCUUGGCCAGAGUGAUUAAUGUCCUGAUUUGAAACCACCCUACCCCACCUCUACUGAGUUUCCUAUUUAAUGUGAUGGAAGCACAACCCCUCUCACUUUGCUCUUAUUUCUUUCUUCUCUUGGGGUUUCUGACUUAAGAAGAGAUAUGGUUCAGGUGCUAAUGACAGUGUAUCUGAUGAUCCCUUCUCUCCUACCCACAUUUCAACCCCUGCCCUUGUUUGAACCUGAAGGAAGGGCAGAAGGCCCAGAUGUGAUUCUCUGCCUCUUGUGUCUGAUGCCUGGGGCCUAAGGGCUGAGGGCUAGAGGAGGCCCUUGUUUCAGGUGAAAGCUCCAGUGUGCCCCCUCCCUGUACUUUUGCCUUAGGCUCUGAAGGGACAACAGUCUUCUUGCUGGACUUUCCAGUAAACUUGGUGUAUAUAUCUUCCCCACGUGCCCCUUAAUUUCAUCUCAUCUAAGCAAGGGCCAGAGGUAAGUUGGACAAGCCCUCCUUUUCAUCUUCAUUUGGGAGGCCUGGCUGUUAUUAUGGAGUUCACUCCCAUGCCAGUCUCCCAGAUUUGCUAAAUUUCUCAGGUACAGGUUGUGUGUCUAGAGAUCCUGAGACCUGCAGAUCUUUCCCAUAACUCUCAUUUUUCAAAUCAGUGGCAGAAGUUCCCCACAGUGAAAUCAGAGAGCCACACCCAGUCCGCAUAUCCUAAAUAACUUGCUGCCUAA